AUGGCAACCCUCAGAGUUGUAGACGUCCGCGUCGACCAUUACCACCCAGGAAAUGCACUUGGAAUUCAUGUUCAUAAGCCUCGCAUCUCCUUCCGCCUUGAAGAGGCGCCCUCGAACUUCAAGCUCGGCGAGCGAGUUAUCCGAAUCACCCGCUUGUCUGGCCACGAGCUGGUCAGUCUCGGCGAGUACCGUGGCGACGACUCUGAAACACGAGAUAUACCAUGGCCUGUUGAUGAGCCAGUGAAAUCUCGUGAGAGGUACUCUGUUGAGGUGCGUGCCCGAGGUGCGGAUCAGAAGGACCUUUCACCAUGGAGCGAACCAUUCGUCUUCGAAACAGGCCUGAUGAACCGGAGCGACUGGGCUUGUAAGCGGAUUUCAGCUCCAUGGGCGGAGGACAGCAAGAGCCAGCCGCAACCCGAAGACCUUUUCCGCAAAGAAUUCCAAUGCAAAGGACACAUCCGGUCCGCUCGCCUUUAUGUCACGGCGCAGGGUAUCUAUGAAGCCGAGAUCAAUGGGGAACGAGUUGGAGACUACUUCCUGGCGCCAGGCUGGACUGCCUAUGAUGGAAGGCUACAGUAUCAAACGUACGAUGUCACCAAGCAUACUUCUUCUUCGUCCAACUGCAUCGGCAUUCGCGUUGCGGAAGGUUGGUUCAGCGGACGCAUUGGAUUCGAAGGCGGGCGACGGAGCAUCUGGGGCACGCGGACUGCCGUCUUCGCGCAGUUGGAGAUCUCCUACAAGGACGGGACAUCUCAGACCAUUGUCACGGACGACAGCUGGCUGGUCACUCGUGGACCAACGAAGCUCGCAGAGAUCUACGACGGAGAGAAGUACGAUGCAACUGCCGAAGUUAACGGAUGGUCGACUGCUUCGACGCAAGCCGACUGGGAAGCUGUCGAAGUCCUCCCGCAGCUUUCUGACAGCGUCGAACUGAUUGCCGGCUUUGGUGAACCAGUCAGGCGCAAGGAAGUCAUCAACGCUGCCGAGCUGAUCACAACACCAUCGGGGAAAAAGAUUCUAGACUUCGGCCAGAAUCUUGUUGGCUAUGUCCGCAUCUCGAGCGUGAAAGGCCAACGCGGUCAGCAGGUUGCCUUGACCCAUGCUGAAGUCCUUGAGAAGGGCGAACUUGGAGUCAGACCUCUGCGAGAGUGUCAGGCAAAGGACAUCUACACCUUCAAGGGCGACGUCAACGGCGAAAGCUGGGAACCCCGAUUCACCUUCCAUGGCUUCCGAUACCUCCAGGUUGACGGAUGGCCUUCGCCAGAUGCUGAUCUGACUGAGUCUCUCGAAGCUGUCGUCUGCCACACAGACAUGCAGGAGACAGGUACUUUUUCCUGCUCGGAUGACAUGCUGAACCGACUCUUUAGCAACGUGAGAUGGUCCAUGAGAGGCAACUUCCUCUCUAUUCCAACCGACUGCCCUCAAAGAGACGAGCGUCUCGGCUGGACCGGCGAUCUCGCCCUCUUUGCCCCUACCGCGACGUACAUCUAUGAUUGCUUCGGAAUCUUGAAGAACUGGUUGGCAGAUGUAGCGUUCGACCAGAAGGUACUCGAUGGAGUACCACCCAUGGUGUCCCCUAAUGUUCUCACCGGUCACAAGAACUGGGGCAAAAUCUCCGCCAACGCGAUCUGGCACGAUGUGGCCGUGCUUGCUCCUUGGGCUCUGUAUGAAGAGACUGCUGAUACUGGUAUUCUUCGGGAUCAAUAUGAAUCCAUGACCACCUGGAUCCAGGUGAUCCCUCGAAACAAGACUGGAGCGGUGCAUCUCUGGGACUUUAACUUGUUCCAACUCGGGGACUGGCUGGAUCCCAACGCUCCCCCCGAAGAACCAAUGAAGGCCGUGACAGACCCUCCCCUGGUCGCCAACGCCUUCUUGAUCAGGUCGCUUGACUUGAUGGUUCAAAUUGCGGGCAUUCUGCAAAGGCCCGAAGACGCCGAGCGGUACCGCAAGGAGUCUCAGGCAGCUCGCCAGGAGUUUCUUGACGAAUACGUCAGUGCCAACGGUCGCUUGACUUCUGACUCUCAAACUGCAUACGCCAUCGCGAUCGCUUUCGACAUCUUACUCCCAUCACAAUUGCAACGUGCAGGAAACCGCCUCUCCGAGAUCGUCCGCCGCAACGGCUUCAGAAUCGGCACUGGAUUCGCUGGAACGCCCUACAUCUGCGAAGCGCUCACGCGCACAGGACAUAGCGCCGUUGCGUAUUCGAUGCUUCUCAACCGAACUUGUCCUUCGUGGCUAUAUCCCGUUACCAUGGGGGCGACGACAGUUUGGGAGCGCUGGGACAGCAUGCUGCCGGAUGGUUCUAUCAACCCUGGGGACAUGACGUCCUUCAAUCACUAUGCCUUUGGCGCCGUAGCCAAAUUCAUGGUUGAGCGUCUUGCUGGUCUUCGUCGAUUGGAGCCUGGGUGGAAGAGGUCUAGGGCGGAACCGGUACUCGGCGGAGAGUUCACGCAUGCCUCUGCGGAGCACUUGACGCCUUACGGCAAGAUUGCUUGCGCAUGGAAGUUGGUUGGCGAAGGCAAUGGCCCGUUGCAAUUGAAGGUGGAUGUUGUGGUUCCGCCGCUUACUGAGAUGGAGGUGGUUUUGCCCGACAAUGGAGGCAAGAGGGUUGAAACAGUCGGCUCGGGCGGGUGGUCUUUCGUGGUGAAGUACGAGCGAGAUCAUCAAUGGCCGGUGAAACCACUCUCGAUAUUUCCCGAGUAG